UGUUUCCUACGUGGCGAGCUAUAAAUGGUAAACUCUUCCCUUUACUUUCUCUCUUCCGCUGCAUCUCUCUCUCCCCUCUUUCACAGUCCACCUUUGAUUCGAUGCUUUUGCUUUCUCCACCAAGCUUCACCAUCAGAACAUUCCUUUGAAAUUUGUCAAAAGAUUUUCGCUUCACUCACUUUCUUACUCUUUCUCAGUUGUUAUCAAGGCCGCCAUUUUCGUCGCCCACAAUCUAAAGCUCAUAUCUUUUUCGGCCACAAAAUUUAAAAAAAAAAAAAAGGUUUUGUUUUCUGUAAUGCAUUUGAAAGUUCAAACUCUUCUUUCCGUUAGGGUUUUGGGUCAUAGAAGCCUCGCAUUGAAUUCCCAGUAGUCUACUUUGUCAAGCGAAAAUUUUGAGCUUAGAGUAGUUUAGUUUCUCUUUGGCCAUAUAUUUUUUUUCCAAUUCUUUGUGUGCAGCCGGGAAUUUGAAUUUCAUAUUCAACAUUGACUUGAAAUUUCUGGAAGAAGCUUCUGAAAGAGAGAAUUUCUCGCAAUGUCGGGCCCACCCAGAGUUCGAUCCAUGAAUGUUGCCGACUCCGAGUCCCGGCCGGUGCUUGUUCCCGCCGGCAACAAAGCUCGGACCACCGACGGACGGAAACCAGCUUCGAAACCUGUCAAGAAACCAGAGCAGACGAUUCAAGAACCGGAGGCUAAGGAGAAGAAGCCAACUGCGCGUUCAAAUCCGCAAUGCGUUUCAGUACCGACGAUUUUGAAGCGGCAGGAUCAUCAUCAAGGCGUACUCAGUUUGUCAAUGAACGCUUCCUGCUCAUCUGAUGCGUCGUCAACGGAUUCUUCAACUCACAGUUGGGCGUCGUCAGGUGGGAAGGUGGUGCGGCGUACAAGGGAGCCAUUGAAGAAAAAGAACUCUGGUUCGAAGGCGGAGAGGUGUGAAAAGGUUGGGGCAGAUAAUGUGGCUGUUCCUGAUACUGUCCUGGCAGAUUCAACUGAUAGUUUGGAGGGCAAGAAAAGGUGUGCUUGGGUUACACCUAAUACAGGUAUCUUGAUUCCCUGGCAUUUGUUUAAAGUAUUGUGCUUUUCUCUCUUUUGGCCAACAAAAGUAUCGAGCUGUUGUAUCAUUUGUUUAAGGCUUCAUGUUCAUUGUGAUUUUCGGCACUUUAAAGUUGGGAGGGAGUAACCCUGACACAACUCUUUCUUAUGGACGAAGAAUGAGGACAUUGAAUUAGACAUGAUUAAAGUUGCAAUUGAUUGCAAUGUGGAAAAUGAAAAAUUUUACUAUAGACGAGUAUAAUUCUUAUAAGUCUCGCUUCCACAUCUUUUCAUUCGGUAAAUCAACUAGUCGUUGGUCACCAAAAGGAUUUGGAUUGCUGACCCUUUUACAUGACAUGAUUCAGCUUCACACUGCCAUCGUAAAUGACAGAGUUAAUUUUCCAUGCUUAGUUUUACGACAUCCAAUUCAAAACAGUCGCAAAGCUGUAUCCUGAAUCUGGUAGCUUUCAGGUCUAACAUAACAUCAAAUAUUGUCCCAUGUGAUUCUAAAGUAUUUUUGUGUCUAAUGAAGAGACCAUAUAGUCUCUAGCUAAUGUAUAUAUGUCAUUCACUAACUGUGAUCACUAUAUUAUGGUGGAUUUUCUGCUGUUCUUCCCAAUUUAAGACCAAGAGGUGCAUUUUCUAGCUCUUGUUUGCCCGAUGCAUGCGCUCACUAAUGAUGAAUUAUGGAUGUUAAACUUUCAUAAUCUACAUCAGCAUUAAGUUUAAGCAAUGAGUUUUGAUGA